AGCACUGACUGAAUAUCAGUCAUUUGGUGUUGAUCAUUCAUUGAGACCUCAUCUAAAAUUGUGACGCUAAGAACGAUUUUUUGUGUGAAAGAUAUAAGUGAGUGCGAAGUGUACAAGAUGCUAACGCAAAAUAUGUACAACUUCAGAAUGGGAUACCCUUUGUUCUACCUACCACCACAUUCGGGAGUCACCCAAACACAUCCUGUGGACUUCCCGUUGGGAUCAUCAGGUUAUCUUCCCCUAACACCUCCAUAUGAAUUCCCAUCGUAUGGCUUUACCGCACACGACGAACCAAUGAGAUCUACUGGAGAGACAUACUACCCACAAUUCCCAACGCCACCACUCUCAGUGUCUCCACGAACACAAGGACCAAAUAUUCGGACUACUUCCGUGAUCGUGAGAGUAGAUGAUCAUCGGGGUUCAGAUGCAAAAUCGUCAGAUACCGAAGACGAUGCUGUUUGUAAAUGGGAGCAAUGCAAUAAAACCUUCCGAAACUUGGAGAGCCUAGCAAGCCAUGUUAACCAGAUGCACGCACAUUCGGGUCCUGGAGGACUCUACUACUGCAAAUGGGAAGGUUGUCCGAGGUCUGAAGGUGGUCAAUGGAGAGGUUUCAAUGCGAGGUACAAGAUGUUGGUUCACGUGAGGACACACACAAAAGAGAAACCUCAUCAGUGCCCAGAAUGUGACAAGAGCUUCUCUCGAGCUGAAAACCUCAAGAUCCACACUCGCAGUCAUUCUGGAGAGAAACCCUACAUCUGUCCCGUUGAGGGAUGCAACAAAGCCUACAGCAACUCAUCAGAUCGGUUCAAGCAUACAAGAACCCAUGAAACAGACAAACCAUACAUGUGCAAAGUUCCAGGGUGCCAGAAGAGGUAUACAGAUCCAUCCUCUCUCAGAAAACAUGUCAAGACCUUUAAACAUACCCCUACCGAAACGGAAAUCAAGGUCAAUGUGAAAAUCUCCGCUUCGGAAAAUCUACAGGAGCCUACAACACAUCACAUUGAAGAUCACCGAAGGUCUUCCCUUACAGUCCAACCCACCGAGGACCCGUCACAUCCUGCCACUUUUCCCAAUUCCUUCUUCCACAAGAUCCAUCCUCCCUCUGGCCGAGACUUUUGGUAUCACUCGCCCAUUGAAAGUAUCAAAGUGGAGGAGAUGGAAAUAGAUCUCCCACUUGAUCUCAGUCUCCACAGGAGCAAGUAGUCCCAAAGAAGGAGAAUUCUUUAACUUAAGAUGUCUAUUUAAUUUGUUGUGUGAUUUUUUUUAAGCGUGUUCUGUAUGUGUCAGAUUAAAAGUGUGAUUCUGAAA